UUGGAUUAAAACCGACAGGUAGCCGCGAACAGUUUAUUUGGAUUAAAUUGCAAAUUGCUGAAACAUAUUAUAAUUAUCGCAGUAGUAAAUUGUGCUUUUCAAAAUGAAUGCCGCAUCCUUAUUUGUACAGCCGCCUUCUGUGAAUGAAUUACCAGUUGCGCGUUGCAAAGACUCGCAACAAAUGCGUACUUGUGAUUGCACCAAAAUAUCAAGCAUUGUAUCGUUUAUACAAGAUGAACAUGCCGCUUACAAAUUCACCGUCUACCGAUGCGCCUCCAAAAUUUUGAGCAUACAAAAGCUUUUAUUUACUGCGAAUAUUCCAUACAAGCUAGUACAAGUUCUAAUGGAUCGAUAUAAAAUAAUUGACGUAGAUGCCAAUUUCAUGGUACCACCAUUUCAACUGACAACAUUUAUACACGACCUUUAUUAUGCUUGUGAGACUUUGGGGCAUUUCAGCAAAUCAACUGCAUAUCGAAUUGAAACGGCCACAAGCGUGUUAGCGACAUUCUUUUGGAAUAUAUUUGAUCCAAACCGGCGUCAUUCUAUUUCGGCAUUGGAAAUCAAAGUAACGUUUAUGUUGCUUUGCAAACAUUACCUUACACUGGAUUUGAGUGUGGAAUUUUAUAAUUUGCUGCAUGACCCAAAAACGAAAUGUGUUUCAAAGAAAAACUUUGAAUAUUUAGUGAAUAUCUUGACAAAAGUUUUUAGCUACAUAGGGGAAGAGAACGGAUAUGGAGCACAAAAUAAAACUCCUAUAAUGGAGGAAUGCUUUGCGAAGUCUCAUAACUCAUAUGGCCUAACUGAAUUGCAAUUCAAAAACUUAUGGAGUGAUAAACACACGCGUUUCACUAUUUUCGCCAAUCUGAUCAAGUUAAUAAAACGCAUUCAAGACACUGAGAAACUAAUACAUAGCACCAACUGUGCCGCUUGCGGUGUAGGCAUUGUAGGAAUUCGUUUUAAAUGCAAGACUUGUCAAAAUUUGUCGCUUUGCUUUCCCUGUUUCGCAACUGGAUACACUACAAGCAAACACGACGCAAGGCAUCGGAUGUGUGAAAUGUUCAGUGAGGAUGAACCACAAAAACGGAUAUCACAUUUCUUUGCUAAAAUUUGUAAUAUUUUCAAAAUGAAAAACCAAAGGCAUGAGGAUGCAAGAGGCUUUUGUAAUACAAAUGAAUCUACUAGUGUUGAUGACACGGAAGAGGAAAUGAUAAAUACUGAUACCACUACAACCAGCUUCGCGAUGACCACAGUUAUAGAAGCCAAAACUGAUGGAAUUGAAACUUCAAUUGCUGGACUCUCUACUAGCGCCUCAACUGCUUCAAACGUGUCUGAACAUUUGCAAUCUAUCAUCGAUAGGCUAUUACAACAGAACUCUAAACUUGAAAAACAAAUCAAAUUCGUGACGACUGCCACCAAUGAGGAAAUUUCUAAUUUUCUAGAAUCACAUCAGCAGUUCUUAAUAGGCAUCAUAAAUGAAAUGCGGAGGUUUUCGCAAAUAUCCAAAUCUUUGAGCUUAUAUCCAACAUCAAGUACGCCGAAAAAUUCCAUUUCUGGAAAACCCCAGACAACAGGAGCUACAGCAGUCGCUACAGAUAACUCAAGUGUCAUGGGAAGUACUUUGGCGCGUUCGAUCAAUGGUGCGGAUUUAAAUCGGAGUUAUUUGGAUGCGAACAAAUCGGAUGCUUCAAUUAAUGACUUGAGUGCGUGGUUUAAUCAGCGGAGAGCUUCUGCUUCAAUUCCAAUGCCAAGUCGUAAUAUAGAUGGUGGCUGGGAAAUACUACCAAAAAUUUAUGAUGGUUUCGAAAUUGUCGAUUUACGUGACACGGAUAUGAUGAAUUUCAAGGCACUAUUAAAUAAAGUUAAGGAGAUUGUCGAGGACUCCUUCAGUGAUAAUACAGAACUAGCAGCAGCAACACAAAAUUUGGAAAAUGUUUUAGAUAGCAUUGUGAGAAAUGAGGAGAAGCGGAGAAGUAGCACUUGAGGAAAGCAAUAAAAUGUAUACUCGUAUGAUUAUAGACUAAGCACUUACAGUGUGUUAUUUUUAAACAUUUAAGCUAUAAGUCAAUUGUAAAUUAAAAACAAAAGUAAAUAUUUUAACAGAAAUCUA